AUGGCAUGCGCCUCAGAUAGUGACAAUGUGUUCGGGCCCCGUAUCAACGCCGAGUGUCGUCCAUUUGAUUUUACUUUACUUUUCGAAGAUGGUUUCUUUGGGCUGCUUCCAGCUGCACUCUUCCUGGUCUUGGUCCCUCACCGAUUGCAAGUCCUUCGUUCUUCUCAAGUUAAGCUGAAUUCUUUCCGAUUGGCAUUGGUGAAGCUAAUUCUGCUGAUUGUCCUGUUGGUUCUACAUAUCCUAUACACAGCUUUGCGCGUCGAAGACCCGGAUCUUCAUACCCGCGUAGGACUUGCCUCGGGAGUUGUGAAUAUUAUUGCGACAGGUGCAGCAAUUUUACUCUCAUUCCUCGAGGAUCAGCGCUCGAUAAAGCCAUCGGAUCUCCUAGUAGUCUACUACUCAGCAGAAAUACUACUCUCACUACCCCAGCUUCGCUCGUUGUGGCAGAUUCCUACAGCCAGUGUUGCUUGUCGAGCAUUAUGGACGACCAUUCUCGUUUUCAAUACCGGAGUACUCAUCUCAGAGUCCAUACAUAAACCCCGUUUCUUACGGCCACUUCAUCAGAAAACAACCAGGGAAGGAAUAUUGGGGUUCUGGGGUCAAAGCUUCUUCAUUUGGGUGCUCCCGGUUCUUCAAAACGGAUACUCAAAAGUGCUGGGGAUUGAUGACAUCCCAGAAAUGGAUGCUGAUCAACAGGCACAAUUGACACAGGAAGAGCUAGAGAAGGCUUGGGGAGCAAGGACUGGCAAACAUCGGUUACUCCGUUCGACUUUCUAUGCCUAUCGGAGAACAUUUCUGUCGGGAUUCGUGCCGCGUAUCUGUCUCGCGGCCUUCAGCUUCUGUCAGCCAUUCCUCAUUACCGCCACAAUUGACUACGUACAAAACGAUAAGACGUCAGAGAGUAAGAGGCGCGGCCAAGCCAUUGUUGGGGCAUAUGUUCUGGUCUACUUAGGUUGGGCUGUCUCCACCGCGGUGUAUUGGCGCCAAACCAAUCGGUUCAACACCAAAGUGCGCUCUGGUUUAAUUGCUAUAGUUUUCAAGCAAACAUCUCGUCUCAAGGCCAGCGACAUCAACGAUUCCGCAGCGAUCACUCUCAUGGGAACCGAUGUAGAAAGGAUUGUACAGAGUCAGAAGACAAUCCACGAGACAUGGGCCACGAUCCUCGAAGUGGGUAUCGCAAUCUGGUUACUAGAGCGGCAGCUUCUCAUCGCCUGUGUAGUUCCAGCGAUUAUUGCAAUAGGCUCGGUGUUGGCCAUAGGGCCCAUUUCUAACAGAUCAGGUCAGUCUCAGAAGCAAUGGGUUGAAUGCGUUCAAGCCAGAGUGACAGGGACAUCCAAUAUGCUACGCGACAUUAAGUCCAUCAAGAUGCUCGGUCUUUCCCGGGUCAUGUUCCAAAAGGUAUCCAACCUGCGAAAGAUCGAGCUGAAGACCUCUGAGCGCUUUCGGAAGUUGCUCAUAUGGGAAAUUGUCAUAUCUAAUGUGCCGACCGACUUUGCUCCGUUUGCCACCUUCGCCAUCUAUACAAUAAUCGCGGUCGCAACGCACAAUAAGACACUGCUUUCCAGUCAAGCUUUUACAUCGCUUUCACUGAUAUCCCUCGUGACAAAUCCACUCAUUACCUUUAUUCAGUCCGUCCCUGCUGUGCGGCAAGCGAUGGCUUGUUAUCUUCGCAUCGAGGAAUACUGUAAAAAGCAGACGGAAUUGCAUAACACGCGUACAGAGUUACCCACACCUUCAGCCACAAAUGAUGGUAUUGCAGUAGAGCUGCAAUCAGUCCAACCGAAAUCAGAAUCUGAGACUACCCCAUUCUCCUUCGAGCGAGCUGAUAUUGCAUGGUCUGAUACCGGCGAAAACAAGCUUCAUGACAUAACCUUGCGUGUCGGGCCAGGGGUCACCAUGCUGAUUGGGCCAGUGGGCUCUGGGAAAUCCACUUUACUCUCUAGUCUACUGGGGGAAACAGUGGUAAGAUCUGGAGACGUACGGGUUGGAGAUUCUCAUCUGGCAUAUUGUUCCCAAGUCCCUUGGAUUAUCGAUGAUACAGUUCGCCAAAACAUUAUCCUCGGGUCACUAUUCGAUUCCAAAUGGUAUGAGGUCGCCACAUGGGCUUGUGGCCUCAAGGAUGAGCUCUCUAAUAUGCCGGGGGGUGAUCUGUACCGUGCAGGUGCCAAUGGCCUUUCGCUUAGUGGCGGUCAAAAGCAGCGAAUUGCGCUUGGUCUUGAUUCGGAUAAUACCAGCAUGGUUGCUACCCGUUUAUUCGGCCCAGGCGGAUAUUGUCGCAGAUAUGGGGUAACAGUUCUCCUAGCAACCCAUACAGAACAUCUACUCCAAUAUGCAGAUGAGAUUGUCAUUCUUGAAGGAGGCAGAAUCGCGCAGAACGGGUCGUUCGAAAAAGUGAUGCAACUCCACAAGCCCGCAAGCGUGCACAGGUCCCUAGCGAGCACUGAUGAAAUUGCUGGGCAUAUGGCUUCCGCGACUGAGGAGGACAAUAAGCUGAACAAUGACACAGUGAAGGCUUUAGUUUCAGACUCACCGAGCCCUCUGCUACGCGAAGGGACCUGGUCGGUGUACAAAUACUAUUAUCAAAGUGCUGGGUUCAUUCCAUUUGCAACCUGUCUAGCUUUCAUUGUUGUGGAAGCGGUCAGUGGGGACUUUAAAACUCUGUGGAUCCAGUGGUGGGUGGAGGCAAACGAACAGAGUCCUAACAAAGACGUGGGUAUGUAUUUGGGAGUGUAUGCUGUCCUCUUCGUGAUACAGCUCGUAGACACCGAAAUCGGGGCCUUGACAAAUAGAUUCAGUCAAGAUAUGGAGUUGAUUGACAUGAUGCUUCCUUUGAAGCUAACACCAGCCAUCAUAGGAUUCGCAAGCUGCGUGGUCAAAUUGGUCAUUCUUUGCAUCGUCAGCAAAUACCUAGCAGUUGCUGUGCCAGCGCUUCUGGUCAGCCUAGUGAUCCUCCAGAGAUAUUAUCUUCGCACUUCUCGGCAGGUACGACUGCUGGAUCUGGAAGCCAAGGCUCCCCUUUAUACGCAUUUCACGGAAGCCGUGCAUGGAGUCACCACUCUCCGUGCUUUCGGAAUGGAGCUCUGGUUCCAGGAAAAGAUGCACAUGCUCCUCAAUAAAUCACAAAGGCCUUUUUAUAUGCUGUACUGCAUACAGCAAUGGCUGACACUCGUGAUGGGCUUGAUCGUUGCGGCGUUGGCUGUAAUUAUCGUGGCGACGACAACCUCUUUGGCCGACCAGUAUAACGGUGCUGCCGUCGGUGUUGCCCUUAGCUUGAUCCUGACCUUCAACAGCACUCUUUCAAGCACUCUCCGAUCAUGGACUAGUCUUGAGACGAGCAUCGGGGCAGUUUCGCGAGUUCAACAAUUUCCACUCAACUCCGCUUUGAUCCUAAUCCCCGGUGCUUCCCCUGCUCUUCACACAAAGCUAAUAACUCAUACCCAUAGCCAAGCCAGGCCGCCGAUCUUGAAGAAUCUGUCGCUCACGGUCCAUCCUGGCGAAAAGCUAGCAAUCUGCGGGGCAUCAGGGAGUGGGAAGUCAUCCAUAGUAAUGUCGCUUCUCCGUAUGAGCGAAAUUCAGUCCGGAAGAAUAUCAAUCGGCGGCUGCGACAUAUCAGGGCUCGAGAGACAAGCUAUCCACUCUGCUAUUAACGUCAUCCCACAAGACUUGUUUCUGCUAUCCGGCACUGUUCGCUUCAAUCUGGAUCCUUUUGAAAUGGCCACGGAUGAACGCAUCGCGUCUGCGCUCCGGAAGGUAGGACUCUGGAGUCGAAUCAGUGCCCACGGAGGGCUAGAUAUGGACAUGUCCAGUAUCUCAACCUGGUCAGCGACUAGUAGCGUCGACCGAGAGACAGAAGCCCUUAUGCAAGAUGUUAUCGAGCAGGAUUUCCGCCAACAGACUGUGAUUUCUGUUGUUCAUCGCUUCGCUUAUGUCGAUCGGUUCGAUCGGAUAGCGUUCCUCAGGGAUGGGGAGAUGAUUGAAUGCGACACGCCGCAGGCAUUACUGGGACGGGAUUGCAAUUUCCGAGAGCUAUAUCGGGCCUGGAAGAGAGUCUAG